GCGAGAUCUCGGCGGGUAUAUGCUGGGCCCGCGCGAGUCGCCUAUUCUUUUCUUGUGUCCCCGUGGGCCGUGGCAGCUGCCAUCCGCCUCCAUCCGCCGCCACCCGCCUCCAUCUGCCAUCACCCGCCGCUAUGCCGCCCAAGUUCGACCCCAACGAGAUCAAAGUCGUGUACCUGCGCUGCACCGGCGGGGAGGUCGGCGCCACCUCCGCUCUGGCCCCCAAGAUCGGUCCCCUCGGUCUGUCUCCCAAGAAGGUGGGUGAUGACAUUGCCAAGGCCACGGGUGACUGGAAGGGGCUGAGGAUCACGGUGAAGCUCACCAUUCAGAACAGGCAAGCGCAGAUAGAGGUUGUUCCUUCUGCCUCUGCUCUGAUUAUCAAAGCUCUGAAGGAGCCUCCUCGUGACAGGAAGAAGCAGAAAAACAUUAAGCACAGUGGAAGCGUCAGCUUUGAUGAGAUAGUGAACAUUGCACGGCAGAUGCGGCACAGAUCCCUGGCUCGAGAGCUGUCAGGGACAAUCAAGGAGAUUCUUGGAACUGCCCAGUCUGUGGGCUGCAGCAUUGAUGGCAGGCACCCACAUGAUAUCAUUGAUGAUAUCAAUAAUGGUGCAAUUGAGUGCCCAGCUAGCUAAGACUACAGAAAAGAAGUAGCCAUAUGAGGCCUCUUUUAAGUCUUUUGUAGAACCUUAAAUACUCAAUAAAAGACCCAGUUGUCUGCAAA